AUGGUGGCUCAAAGUCUGGCUCGAAUCGUCAAAUUAUUAUUCUUCAACAACCACCGGCACCUGCAACCAACUCCAAAAAAACACAGGACAGUUAUAGGUCCCCCACAAGCAGUACCGGUACCAGUAUUACCUAGACCAGGAUUUUUACCCCGAGCGCGUCAAAUAUUACCACCGCCACCACCACUAAUUUCUCCCUAUGCUGGCCUUGGAGGUUUCGGAUACGGAGGGCUCGGCGGUCUUGGAAGAUUCGGAGGUCUUGGAGGACUCGGCGGAAUGGGAGGAUUGGGUCCUCUCGGGGCUCUAGCACUUCGUGAAGCACUGGAUUAACUGAUUAAAUAAUGUCAAACAGAAGUAGAAAUAAAUAAAGAGAGGGAUCAUAUUACCAACUACUAAGACAUCUGAA